CGAGUCUGCUGUAUGUCAGCGGGUUCGUUGUUUCAUGGCGGCUAUUUUGACCGGAGCACUAGAGUUGUCUUCAAACUUUAGACUGAACUUCAAGGAAAUCAACGUGUACUUGUUGUGCAUAGGAAGUAUGUGAAAUGUCCAGUAGCGGUGUAGGGCUUUCUGAAGAGCAGAGGCGUAAAAUAGAAGAAAAUCGCAAAAAAGCACUUGAAAGGCGAGCUCUGUUGAAUUCCCAAAGACAAGCACCGUCUGUUAAAGGUGUUUCCAAACCUUCUGGAUCAGCCGUCGACAAACAAAACAAUCAUGCCGUCAUCAGCAGAUCGUUCCCUUCUUCAAAACCUAUAAAUACGGCACAAACAUGGUCGAGGCAGGCGCAUCAAACCACAAAUUCAAAUACAAGCCAGGAAAAUGCGACGUCGUCAGUACUCCCGUCAUCUAGCCGUCAACAGUUAGAGUCCUCAAGUCGAACAGCGAAUAACAGUGCAUCAGAUGGAGUAGAAAACAGACAAAAUGCUUUUAGAAAUAAAACCGACUGCGAUGGAGGACCGCGGGAUUUUUUUGCUCCACGAAAACCGAGUCAAACUUCUAGUGGAGCCAUUAGUUUUUGCGGGGAUAAAAAGUUAAAGGGACAACAGAAGAUCCAGGGUGAAGCUUUUUUCCCAGUAACUGGAAAGGUGAUCAAAGGAUUAUGUGUGCUAAUCAGCAGCACCAGAUUUACUGUUAAGAUUGGCUUCCACGCACAGCUAAUAGCUCUAUUCAAAACUCUCCCAAGCCGCGCAUAUGACAAAGCAACCACAACUUGGUCCUUCUCCCUGGAGGAUUAUGAAACUUUGAUGUCUGCUAGUAGAGACUUGGUUGGUGUCAGCUUGGAAGGUCUUCCAAAAACUGUCUUGUCUUUGUUUACAAAGUCAUCUCCAGGAACUCUAAAAAGCCUUUCAACAGAAGAUAUCAACUUGAAUUGUGUCGACACUAAGUUAGUCAGCUCCCUAAUGCCCUUUCAGCGUGAGGGAGUUGCAUUUUGCAUUUGUCAAGAUGGUCGGGCUAUAAUAGCAGAUGACAUGGGACUAGGAAAAACAGUGCAAGCAAUUUGUGUUGCUAGCUAUUAUCGCAAGGAAUGGCCAUUACUAGUGGUAGCACCGUCCUCUAUGAGGCUCACUUGGAAGCAGGCAUUCAUAAAAUGGCUACCCUCUCUUGACCCUCAGUCCAUCAACGUUGUUUUGACCGGCAAAGACAAUGUAACUGCUGGUCUCAUAAAUAUAAUCAGCUAUGAUUUACUCACAAAGUUUGUGGGAAAAUUGCAGGAAAAGCGCUUUCGUGUUAUAAUUGCGGAUGAAAGCCAUUUUAUCAAGAACAACAAAGCUGCAAGAACAAAGACGUUUUUGCCAAUAUUAAAGGCAGCAACACGAGUCAUCCUUCUCUCAGGCACUCCAGCACUCUCCAGGCCUGAGGAGCUGUAUACACAGAUAUGUGCUGUGAACCCCAGGAUGUUCCCAUCAUUCCAUGAGUUCGGCAAGCGCUAUUGUGCUGGAGUUGAGAAUCGCUGGGGAUGGGAUUACUCUGGUGCAUCCAACAUGGAGGAGCUACAACUUGUGCUUGAGCAAAGCAUUAUGAUCAGACGUUUGAAGAAAGAUGUGCUGCAUCAAUUGCCAUCAAAGAGAAGACAAAUGGUUCUUCUGGACCCUUCUCUUAUUAAAGUCAAGCCUUUAAUGAAGGCGGCCAAAGAGGUUGAAACAGCAAAGAAAAAGGAGCAGCACGGCGCUCUUCUGAACUACUUCUGUGAAACAAGUGCUUCUAAGAUAGCUGCAGUAAGGAAUUAUGUUCUGGACUUGCUGGAAGGCGGGCAUAAGUUCCUGGUCUUCGGUCACCAUCAGGACAUGCUAGAUGCUAUAAGUGACUGUCUCAUGCAUAAGAAAUACAGCUAUAUACGCAUUGAUGGAAAGACGCCCUCUUCUAAACGACAGAUGUUAUGCGACCAAUUUCAAAAAGACAAGAACACAGUGGUGGCGGUACUGUCAAUCACAGCGGCAAACACAGGCCUCACGCUUACUGAGGGCACGGCUGUCGUUUUUGCGGAGUUAUUUUGGAAUCCCGGGGCACUAGUGCAAGCAGAGGACCGGGUCUACAGAAUCGGGCAAAAGAACUCGGUUAAUAUCCAUUAUUUGGUAGCAAAAGGCACAGCUGACGAUUAUCUUUGGCCACUUAUCCAGCAUAAGCUAGAUGUGCUGAGCAAAGCUGGUCUUACGAAAGAUGACUUUUCAGAGGCGGAUACAACAUUAUUUCAGGAUCCGAAGCAGAAAACCCUCUUUUCCUGUUUUGAGUCCCUUAUCGAAGAAUGUGACGACGAUGAUCUCAUUGCGUCUGAAUCUGACUUUGUUACCUUGGAAACAAGUGCUGAUGUCAAGGCAACGGCAAAGUCAGCGAUGGUUUUAUCAUCUACGAAUACAGAAUCGCGCUCCGAGGAACCAAGUCAGUUGGAUCAGGCGGCCCAAUUUGACUGGUUCGAUGAUAUGACCGGUCUCUUGUCGGAUGAGGAGACAGACUUUGUGAAAAUCGAGAGUUCUGAGAACAAGGGUACUCGUGUGAACGCCGGAGAACGAAUAAGAAAGGCAGAGGACAUGGACAUUAUUACUGCCAAGGAACCGUCCGCAAAGCGAUAUAAACGAUAAUGAUGAGUUUAUAAAGACCUGGCUAAACUAGGGGACAUGUCGAGUGCGGCAUGAAUAGCGUACAACAUGUCUCCUAAAUGUUUCCUAGUUUAGACCCCGCCUGAAGCAUGUAGGGCGCGACACGAAAAUGUUUGUCAAAUAUCUGAGAGGCAUUUCUUUGUCGCGGCUACAAGAUUUGGCGCGCGCUACAAUGUUUUUUGAGGUUGCUAAUCUGGUCGAAACAUUUCGCACGCAACAUGUCUCCUAGUUUAGCCAGGCCUUAGAUCUUAACCUACCAAGCAAAGUUUGAAGGUUAAGAAUCUGUAAAGGCACCAGUAAAGCAAGCGAGAAAGAUCGAAGGCAUACAUUGUGAUAAAGUGACUGCUGAAAAGUGUAUAAAAAAUGAAGGCGAGCAAGCAGAGAAGGCGUAAAGCUCACCUAUCUUACUCGAAGCAUGCGGUGUGGAGGGCAAAAUUUAAAAAAAUGAAAGUUAGGUAUGCAAAAUGAGAUACAAUACUUACAAAGCUGACUGUGA